CUGGAAGAUUCUGCCUUUCUGUCCUUCACUACCUAUUCCAAAAGCUUUUCUAUCUACUCAUAUUUUUAACAAUAUGAUCUGUCAAUGACUUGAAUUCAGUCUUUGCUCCAAAUUAUAUAUGAGUCCAUCUCCGAUUAUUUCUCCAAAGAAACAAUCAUCCUCUUGAAAUUAGAAACAAUCAGGGUGACAUCAAAAGUGGGAAGAUCAUGGCAAGGGUGGCACUGGUGGGAGUAGCCAUUAUAGCAGCACUGUGUAUUCAACAUUCAUGGGCCGUUCAGUAUGAUGUUGGAGGCAGCCAAGGAUGGGAAGCUACAACAGAUUUCAAGACAUGGGUCUCUGGUAAACAGUUCAAAGUUGGAGACACCCUUGUGUUCAAGUAUGGGAGCCUUCACACCCUGGACGAGGUGGAUAAAGCGGGCUACGAUUCGUGCUCCACUGCCAACGCCAUUUCGUCUGCAUCAGACGGAAACACCGUGGUGAAGUUGACUACGGCAGGGAAGCGUUACUUCAUAUGCGGUACAGCGGGCCACUGCCCCGGCGGAAUGAAGCUAGAGGUGGACAGCUUGGCCGCGCUAGCAACGGCGCCGGUUGCCCCGCCGGCCCUAGCCCCUUCCGUCGGCGCACCUACCAUUCCCUCCUCCCCAACCCCUUCUGAUGGCGCCCCCACCUCAGCCACCAUUUCCCCCUCCUCUCCAUCCGACAGUGCGCCUAGCGCAGCCAAGAUUCCCUCCAGCGGCGCUGCUGUUCCGUCCACUAGUCGCACCUCGCCUUCUCCCGCUGGUUCCCCCUCCCAGCGAAAUGGAGCCACGGUUAACGGCAUUUCGGGCGUUGCUCUAGCAGGGGCCGCCAUGGUCGCUUUUCUUAUGCUCUGAUUUUGUUCUGUCACAUUUCAUUAUAUCGGUUCAAAUGUUAUUUCAAUUCGGGGAGGCGUGUUUUGCCCUUCAUAUUUGUCAGAAAUAAGUUCACGUUUUUAGGGUUUUCUAUUCUUUCGCCAUGAACUGACUGUUAUGUAGGGUUUUCUAUUCUUUCUCCAUGGAUUUACUGUUAUGUAUUCUGAGAUGAUCUCCAUGAAUAAAGAGCUGUACUAUUUUUAGGAAUC